AUGGCAAAGACUGAAGGCAUUAAAAGAAAGUUGAAACCAGUGAUAGAGAAGAAGAGAAGAGAUCGAAUCAACCAUAAUCUUGAUGCAUUAAAAGAUCUGCUUUUUAAGACCACUGCAGACACUCGUUUACAAAACCCUAAACUAGAAAAGGCUGACAUUUUAGACUUUGCAGUUCAGUACAUAAGAAGGACAUCAAGAAAAACAGAAACGAAAGUGACAUCUAAUCAAAUGGAUUCCAAGGCUACAAAGAAUCAGUCUGUUAUCUCCAUUUCUGCAGUCCCCAUCACCACUGAUGUUCAAGCUUAUACAGCAGACUUCUGUGGAAGAGUGAAUCCAUCUGAGCGAAAGGAAGCUUCUUCAACACUAAAGGGAAAUCCUGGAAACAAUACAACCUGUGCUUCCAGAGUAGCAUGUGAACCAGAGAUUCAGUCAGUCAUCUCACAGGAAAAGAUUGUUUUGUCUCCAUCAAGACAAAACUAUCACAAAGAACUUGUCUCACACCCUGAAUCAUCUUUGUGUGGCUAUAAUCUUUCAUUGUCUUCACAUUUUAAUUCUCCUCCAUCAUCUCCCACUUUUAACGGUGUCUUCUCUCCUAGUAAUUCUCCUCCACAUCCUUCUUCAUUUUGUCUUUUACCUCUCUCUUUUCCUCCUUCUGGCACACCAUCUUCUCUCGUAGCAACACCAUUUUCCCUCAACAGGCCUGUUCUUAUGCCAGAGCCCAUUCUACCCCGCACGGCUGGAGAUUUUACCCCACCACACUCACCUGUGCUGCCUCAAGAACACUUUCCUCUCCCAGCCCAGUCCACAUGGAGACCAUGGAGCUGA